GAGACAGGCGGUCGCGAAAAUCCCUAGCAACAGUCGAAAACAAAGAGAGAAAGAAAGUGAAAGACUAUAUGGCUCUGUGGCGGAGUCGCGCUGCUGCAUGGAGGCCCCUCCGCCCAUUCAUCUGCCCUUCCCCCAUUGCUAAUACUGCGCAUCGCAGCUUCUCCUCUGCCGUUGCUCCUGACAUGAAUAAUCAGUCGUUAAUUGAGAACAUGAAAAGGGAGUUGCUUCAUCUUGACAUCAAUUCACAAAUUGGAAGUUCAGCAUUAUUGGUAGAAAACAGCCCCCCAUGACAUCGAAUGUGACUUCUUGGUGACAAACUCAAAUUAGAUAUUGUGCACGGCAGCUCUACUUGUCUUGGAUUAUUGAUAUCCCUUCCAAAUGCAGCAUUUGAGCAUGUGUUAAAAUUCCAAGAGCAAUCAUUCAUGGCAUCCACUAUAUAGGGCAAUUGCGGUUGGAGUGGAAAGGGAUUCACAGCUGCAAUGUGUUUUCUAUAACCAUAAUUGAAAGCAGAUGUGUUUGGCUGCAGCUGCAUUUGGGCUGGGGAGUCCUGCAAUUGCUGAGAUAUGUUUUUAGCUCUAUUCAAAAAUCUGAAUUUGUAGGUAUUGCACAAAUCCAAAGGGAAGGGUUCAUCACAUUUUGAACCAGACCCUCUCUUAUUGUUAUAACCAGGGUAAUCUCCUAUUUUGAACUCAACGCUUUCAAUCAGCUCCAGAGAAUUUGCAUGAGCCAGUUCCUCGAGAUUCCAACAACAAAAAGGGUGUGUGAUUUUAUGGUUCACAUGUGUUUCACCAUUGACUUGAAGCAUUUUGCUUGCAUUGCUGAAGAAUCCACUCACAAGAGUCCUAUGUUUCCUAGAGUAUCAUCAACAUAGGGCAUUAAAAAUAGCCAGAAUGAUACUAAAUUAUACACACAUCACGAACUAGAGAACUUACUGAAUCACCCAGUAAUCACUCUCCUUUCCAUGGAAGCCUGAAUGAGGGAAGUUGAAGAUAAUUCGAUCAAACCUGCGCUUUUUUAAGUCAUCAUGAUUCUUCAUUUUGGUUGCAUCAACUCCGUGUAAAAUGGUUGCGCCCCGCUUCUUCAAAUUUUCCAAAUUCGACUUGCCAUUCUUGUACU